AGAGAACUAAGGCGGCAGGAUCGCCCUCCCAAACGGCGUGAGUCGCAAAUAAAAUCCCCAAAGUUGAAACCUUGGCGCCCGCAGGAACAACAGGCACGCAUUUGAUGCGGCCCCUCUGAAACACGAUCUUCAUUGUUCCCAGGACUUAAGACGACAUCUCGCGCAGUCACACUUGAUGGCCGGCAUUUUCGAGGGUCCUCGUAGCGGAGGAACGCUCUUCCUCGGAGGUCAAAAGAUCAGCGGACAAGAUAUUCGAGAUCAAAAUGUUCUCGCAACGCAAGCCAUUGCCAAUGUGGUCAAAUCCUCCUUUGGGCCUUCAGGUCUGGACAAGAUGAUGGUGGACGAUAUUGGAGAUGUCACAGUCACGAACGAUGGAGCGACGAUCCUGAGUUUGCUGGACAUCGAACAUCCUGCGGGAAAGAUAUUGGUCGAUCUGGCACACCAACAGGACAAAGAAGUCGGAGACGGAACCACAUCUGUCGUGCUCAUUGCAGCAGAACUCCUACGAAGAGCCAAUGAAUUGAUGAAGAACAGAAUACACCCGACCGUCAUUAUCACCGGAUAUCGUCUCGCCCUACGAGAGGCUGUCAAGUACAUGCAAGAGAAUAUCAGUACGAAGGUGGAAACACUGGGAAGAGAAAGUCUGAUAAACAUUGCCAAAACAUCGAUGUCAAGCAAGAUUAUCGGUGCAGAUGCAGAUUUCUUCGCCAACAUGGUGGUUGACGCCAUGCAGUCCGUCAAGUCGGUCAAUCCGCAGAAAAAUGAAACAAAAUAUCCCGUCAAGGCGGUCAACAUCCUUAAAGCACAUGGAAAGAGCGCAACGGAAUCAAUACUCGUCAAGGGAUAUGCUCUGAACUGCACGGUCGCCUCACAAGCCAUGAAAACAAGAAUCACAGACGCAAAAAUUGCAUGCCUCGACAUCAAUCUCCAGAAGGAACGAAUGAAGCUUGGUGUGCAGAUCACAGUCGAAGAUCCGUCACAACUAGAGAAGAUCCGUGAACGAGAAGCAGGGAUCGUACUGGACCGGGUGGACAUGAUCCUCAAGGCAGGAGCGAACGUCGUCAUGACCACCAAGGGUAUCGAUGAUCUGGUGCUCAAAGCAUUUGUGGAACGUGGCUGUAUGGGUAUUCGGAGAUGUAAGAAAGAAGAUCUCAGACGGAUAGCCAAGGCAACCGGCGCCACUCUUGUCGGCUCACUAUCCGAUUUGAAUGGCGAUGAGAAGUUCGAGAAAGAAUUUCUGGGUCACGCAGAAGAAGUGGUACAGGAGAGGAUAUCGGACGACGAGUGUAUUCUCGUCAAGGGUACGAAGGCUUUCUCAUCGGCAUCCAUCAUCCUGCGUGGUUCAAAUGACUAUCAACUUGACGAGAUGGAGCGCUCUGUUCACGACUCGUUAUCUGCCGUCAAGCGAACUCUCGAGUCUGGAAGCAUUGUUCCCGGAGGUGGUGCGGUGGAGACGGCCCUGUCGAUUUACCUCGAAGAAUUUGCCAUGACUGUUUCCUCGCGCGAACAGCUUGCCAUCGGUGAAUUUUCUCAAUCUCUUCUCACAGUUCCAAAGACACUCUGCGUCAAUGCCGCUAAAGAUGCAUCUGAACUGGUCGCCCAGCUACGUGUACGGCAUGCAUUGAGCCAAAGAGUGCAGGAAGGGGAUGCCAAUGACAAGGAAAAAGACCUUGCUAAGAAGCGACAAUACAAGAACUACGGCCUGGAUUUAAUGAAAGGCAAAGUGACUGAUGUUGUCAAGAUGGGCGUACUGGAACCAAGCAUGAGCAAGGUCAAGCAGCUCAAAAGUGCAGUGGAAGCCUGUAUCGCCAUUAUGAGGAUUGAUACUCUGAUCAAGCUGGAUCCACCAGAGCCACAAGACGAUGGUCAUGGCCAUUGAAGUGGGUGAGCUAUUCUCUGAACAAGAGUUUAGAGAGGCCUAGCCCUUCGCAGCGCUCCCAAUCGUCCUCCCGCACGGACGCCUUACUGGGAUACCCUCUACAACGCCCACCUGUGGCACUCUGCCUAUACCAACAUGGGAAGCAAGCUGAGGAGAUCAGUAUCAGUUUCGGCAAAAGACCUGGUGUCAGACUCUGCCACUGGCCCAUUACCGGCAGUACCACGACAGCGCGUCUAAUAUGUGCGUGUGGACAUUGGUCAUCGCGCUUGAGGAAGCCAUGCUUUGCAGUGCAGUAAGAAGAGGCAGUUGGAGAGCUCGAAGUAACACAAGGCAAGCUGUAGAAGAUAGCAAAUCCUGUGUAAAAUGUUACAACAUGACAAUCCAUCCGAGAUCAAAA